UCGCGUUCACAACGUAACUCCAAGAUCGGAUCGAAAUCGGAGAUUUCAGAUAGUAUAACCACUUAUAUCAGGUAGCUUUGGCAACCGUCGUCACGUGAUCGUGUCGCGAUCGUUCUUUCUGCUCGUCAUUCAUCUGUCGUAUAGACUUGUCUUGUGCAAUUACCUGUCGAAUGUCGAAGAAUGUCUCGCAUCUGGAUUUGUGUACCGAGCUCUUAACGUUUGUCUGCAGAAGUCAGUGACUACAGCUCCGCGAGUGCCUGUCGAUCAACUUGACCUUUUAAGAUCUCAGAUCAGGAAAUUGUUGAAAUUCCUCCAUGAACAUGUCUUCCCCAUAUGUGAUCUUGCUGAUCGCCUUACUAUAUCUUUGUCUGAGUUCAUCGAUAAUUGCCCAAGAUUCUGAGUUUGCGGAACGCAACCACAAGAAACGCCAAAUCUAUCGGGAACAAGUAUUGCCACAUGCGGGUGGUAAGAUCCCCGACACCGCCUUCGAGACGGACCGAUUGUUCUUGAAUCGCCUGCAAAAGGAGGGCAUUGCUGUGCCAGAUGGUAUAGUGCCCGAGCAGCGGAAUCCUCAGAAACGCCAAAUCUAUCGGGAACAAGUAUUGCCACAUGCGGGUGGUAAGAUCCCCGACACCGCCUUCGAGACGGACCGAUUGUUCUUGAAUCGCCUGCAAAAGGAGGGCAUUGCUGUGCCAGAUGGUAUAGUGCCCGAGCAGCGGAAUCCUCAGGUGUAUCAGUACUACAACAAACCCAUGCGCACAGUCUUCCACAUCGCCCUGAGUUCGGAUGGAAGGUUUACUCCGCGAGAGGGACGCUACCACUUUCGCCAGGUGCCCACAGUGGAGACGACAUACCUAUAUCCGCAGGCAGUGGGUCGUCAGCACGUGCUGGUACCACCCAAGCACGCCCUGCCAAUCUACAGGCAACUUCAGUUACACAACCCUUUACUAAACCAGGUCAAGUUGCAGCCCAAGAAGAUGCCUAAUUUUCUGGAACUAGCGCCAACGGUGGGCAAGAGUCAGUCGAAUCCAUUGGCCGGAUCGGCCAAGGCGCAGUCUUAUCAGAAUGUGAAUCUCCUGCAUGGUCACAGUCCGGUGCUGUCGGCAUUUAAGAAAACCCCCAGGGGCAGCAAGACCUAUGUGGACAGCUAUGGCACAACCCAUCUCUUCAGCGAGUUUGACGAUCUGCUGAACAAACUCGACCUGCAGCAAAAAGCCCGAAAGAAUUAUUAGUUUUAGAGCUUUAAAUACCCAAACUUAGUAGAAUUUAUGGAUAUGGCAAUUAUGUUCAUCUCUAGCCAAGAGUUAUGUUUACAAGUGGUUCGCAACUAUUAUCUAACCGUGUGCAUAUCAUUUCAAAACUUUUGCCAUACGCCCGCUCACCGAUUAGUGCAUUCCCAUUCCCAUUCCCAUUCCAAUUCCCAUGUUUGCAAACCAUUCAUGUCCAGCCCAUACACAGCGAUGAAAUAUUCAGCUUCAUAGAACAAUAUGUUAUUGCUAAAAGUUUUAGUAGCAUUUAUUGUUUUAAAACCUAUUACUUAAUAAUAAUAAUAAUAAGUUUUCUAGAACGAAAAAAAUGCAGAAAAAUGUCUAUAAAUUUUGUUCUGUGUAUCCAGUUGCAUCCACCCAUCGCUUGCCAACCCAUCCAACCACGUAUUAUAGCCUAAGUCUAAGCCAGGCCAAGCGCAAUGGGAAUUCAUCGCUUUUAGCUAGUUUAGCGUACACAAUUUGUAUCUUGCAAAAUAAACCCAGCCCGUGCUGCAUUGUACUUUCCCA